AUGGCAACGCCAUCGGGGUCAUGGAUGCAAGAAUUCAAUGAAGCAUCAAAACUUGGUGAAGAAAUUAAUGGUAUGAUUUCUGGGAAGAAUUCUUUGCCUCCAUCAGGACCAGAAACACAACGGCAUCUUUCUGCAACUAGGAGAAAGAUCACUAUUUUGAGAACUAAACUUGAUAUUUUGCAGUCCCUUUUGUCAGCACUUCCUAGCAAGCAGCCAAUAACAGGGAAAGAGAUGAAUCGGCGUCAAGACAUGCUGAAAAAUUUGAGUACUAAAGUUAACCAGAUGGCCACUGCUCUCAAUAUGUCCAGUACUGCAAACAAAGAGAACUUGCUUGGGCCUGAUAAGAACACAGAUGAUAUCGUGAAUAGAGCAUCUGGCUUGGACAACCAUGGUCUUGUUGGCUUUCAACGGCAAAUUAUGAAAGAACAAGAUGAGGGCCUUGAGAAAUUGGAGGACACAGUGACAAGUACAAAACACAUUGCACUGGCUGUCAAUGAGGAACUUACCCUACACACUAAGCUUCUGGAUGACUUAGACGACCAUGUGGAUGUAACAAAUUCCCGUCUACAGAUGGUUCAAAGGAAAUUGGCUUUUCUGAACAAACGCACCAAAGGUGGCUGCUCAUGUUUGAUCUUAUUGGUCAUUGCCAUUGUCGCUCUAAUUGUUGUCAUAUGGGAACUGUUUAAAUAUUUGUAA